AUGGAAUCCCAAAAUUGUAACGCCUGCUCUCAGAUUGAUGCCGCUCCAGGGUGCAGACCAAAACCCCCAGGCUUCCAAUUAAAAGGUACCCUUCCUUUUGAACAUCUGGAAGUGGCCUUCGCUGAGAUGAAGCCAUAUCGUCAUUUUCGUUACCUGUUGGUCUUGGUAUGUACAUUCUCGGGAUGGGUGGAGGCCUUCCCCACCCGAACUGAAAGAGCAUCAGAAGUGGCUCGGAGCCUGCUUAGGGAGAUAGUUCCUCAAUUUGGAUUCCCCACCAGCAUAGGAUCAGAUUACGGGCCAGCCUUCAUAUCGGAUCUGAUACAACGAGUAAGUAAAGCCAUGAAUGUAAAAUGGAAGUUACACACUGCCUACCGGCCUCAGAGCUCCGGAAUGGUAGAACGAACUAACUGGACACUAAAGGAGACAUUUUCUAAGUGGAUUAUAGAGACUGACUGUUCCUGGGUGGAUUUACUUCCCAUGGCCUUGCUCAAACUCAGGAUGACCCCACGGUCCCAUGGCUACUCUCCCUAUGAAAUUGUGUAUGGGAGGCCUCCUCCCAUAAUAAGACAGCAAAUUCAUACUAGGGAGGGACCUUAUAAAUGUACAGCAUGUGGCAAGGCUUUUAAGCAGCGUUCAGGUUUAACUAAACAUCACCGAAUCCAUACAGGGGAGAGACCUUAUAAAUGUACAGAAUGUGGCAAAGCCUUUAUCAAUUAUUCAGUUCUUACUCGACAUGAACGAAUCCAUUCUGGGGAGAGACCUUAUAAAUGUGGCAAGGCUUUUAAGCAGAGUUCAAAUUUAACUCAACAUCAGCGAAUUCAUACUGGGGAGAGACCUUAUAAGUGUACAGCAUGUGGGAAGGCUUUUAAGAAGAGUUCAACUUUAACUCAACAUCAGCGAAUCCAUACUGGGGAGAGACCUUAUAAAUGUACAGCAUGUAGCAAGGCGUUUAAGCAGAUUUCAGCUUUAACUCACCAUCAGCGAACCCAUACUGGGGAGAGACCUUAUAAAUGUACAGCAUGUGGCAAGGCUUUUAAGCAAAGUUCAGCUUUAACUCCACAUCUGCGAAUCCAUACUGGGGAGAGACCAUAUAAAUGUACAGACUGUGGCAAAGCCUUUAUCAAUUAUUCGCUUCUUACUCGACAUCAACGAAUUCAUACUGGGGAGACACCUUAUAAAUGUACAGCAUGUGGCAAGGGUUUUAAGGAGAGUUCAACUUUAACUCAACAUCAACGAAUCCAUACUGGGGAGAGACCUCAUAAAUGUACCACAUGUGGCAAAGCCUUUAUCCGUUAUUCUUCUCUCACUCGACAUCAACGAAUCCAUACUGGGGAGAGACCUUAUAAAUGUAUAGCAUGUGGCAAGGCUUUUAAGCAGAGUUCAAAUUUAACUCAACAUCAGCGAAUCCAUACCGGGGAAAGACCUUAUAAAUGUACAGAAUGUGGCAAAGCCUUUAUCUAUUUUUCACUUCUUACUCAGCAUCAACGAAUCCAUACUGGGGAGAAACCUUAUAAAUGUACAGACUGUGGCAAAGCCUUUUCCCAGAGUACAGGUCUUUCUCGACAUCAGAGAGUUCAUACUGCAGAGAAAUGUUAGAAAUGCAAGGAAUGUGGCAAAGCAUUUCAUCACAGCCAUCACCUCACUCACAAUCAGAGAAUUCAUACUGCAGAGAAACCCUAGAAAUGAAUCAGUAGUAAAAAACUUGGUCCUAAAUAUACAAUUUUGAAAAAACGAGUGUUUUCUUUGGAAAGUUACAUGAAUGAAAUAAAAAAAUGUAGAAAACUGCUUAAUCAAACAUCAAAAGUAACUCAAUACUAGAGAAUUCAUAC